CACGGCCACAGUGUGGACCUAUGUGUUGCUUUCCGUCUCCACUGUUCCUGUUCCCCCUCCUAUUAUUUAUCCCCAAAUUCCUCUUUACUAUACUGUAGUACUGCAAAAGAUCUCAAAGCCGAAGCAAACAACAAAUCUCUCAUGCUUAUUAGCCCUAGCUAGCCUCUUGGUCUUCGUUACCCAGACUGACCAAAGAAACCUAGCUAAUGAGAUGGAGGAUCUCUCGGAUCUUGGAGGUCGCGGCCACCUUGGUGCUGCCACCAGCAGGCGGCCCGCGCCGCCAUCAUUGCCGUCGUCCUCUUCUUCUAAGGUCUCGGUGCAAGUCUACACCGUCCCAAGCAGCUCAGCUGCCGGCGGUGGCGGUGAAGCAGCCGCCCGAGCUCAAGGCGGUGUUGCACCACUGAUCCAUGCGUCGUCUAGCGUCGGUGGCCAUGGCGGCCGCGUUGCUGAUCUUCUAGAUCCCAUCAAGGCCAAGAUCGUCUCCCACCCUCGCUACCACCGCCUGCUCGCCGCCUUCUUGGACUGCCACAAGGUCGGCUGCCCGCCGGAAGCGGCCGAGGAGAUCGCGGCGGCGGCGAGGGAGCGCGAGGCGUGGCAGCGCGCAGCCGUGGGCGACGCGCACAAUACAAGGCCGGACCCGGAGCUCGACCAGUUCAUGGAGUCCUACAGCGAGCUGCUCGUGGCGUGGAAGGAGGAGCUGACCCGGCCGCUCCGGGAGGCCAAGGAGUUCCUGACGACGGUGGAGUUGCAGCUUAACUCCAUUACCAACACCGGGCCACCCAUGGGAGCUCUCAUCUCUUCAGCUGCAGAUAACACUGGACUCGACAUGUCCGACGAUGACCAAGAAGAAGGCAGCGGCGGCAUGGAGGCAGAAGCAGCCCUGGGGAUCGACCCUUGCUCCGAUGACAAGGAGCUCAAGAAGCAGCUCCUCAGGAAAUACAGCGGGUGUUUGGGCAACCUGAGAAAGGAGCUGUGCAAGAAGAGGAAGAAAGGCAAGCUCCCCAAGGAGGCCCGUCAGAAGCUGCUCAGCUGGUGGGAGCUGCACUAUCGAUGGCCCUACCCCUCGGAGAUGGAGAAGAUCGCACUGGCGGAGUCGACGGGGCUGGAGCAGAAGCAGAUCAACAACUGGUUCAUCAACCAGCGGAAGAGGCACUGGAAGCCGUCGGAGGAGAUGCAGUUCGCCGUCAUGGAUGGGUUCCACCCAGGGGCGCCGCCGAACGCCGCCGCGUUCUACGUCGACGCACGCCUCGUGGGAGCAACGCCGGCGAUGUUCUAUGCCCGGCCGGAGCAUGGGGCUCAUCAUGGCCUCUGGCACAAUAAUUGAUUAUUAAGCCAUGCUACCAUGCAGUAGUAUUGCAGUGUGCGCCUGCAACCUGCAUGCCGCAUCUUAGCCUAAAUAUGAAGGAUAUGCGACUGAACUGAAGAUCAAGGAAGACACACACUUGCUACUGCAAUGCAUUAAAUACUGUACCGCCGUUGCACCAAGAAACUUUACAUGUGAACAUGUCAUGGACACCAAACAGUGUACCUCCUUAGUGUUACAGGUUUGCAGCAUUUUGCAUAUAUAUAAUGCAUGCUCGUUAAGUUAAUUUUUGA